AUGUUAGGCGGGUUACUUGCUCAAUUUUUAGGGCACAUUGCAACUAAUUGUACCAACUUCCCUAUUGGCUAUGAUAAGUGGCAAAUUGUUCCAGCCUAUUACAAAGAUCAUGUGUGGGAUAACAUCAUAAAGACAAAGUUGGAGGUUAAUGAUGAUGGGCAUAAAGAUUACAUUCUUAAGAGUUUGGCCAAAAAAUGGAGGGACCAUAGGUGUAACUUGUACAAAUCUUUGAAAUGUGACCCCGAUGCUCCCCGCAAAACCAACAUUGGGAGAAGACCUCCUGAGGUUCCCUUGGAGCAAUGGAUUGCUUUUGUGGUAAUAUGCACAAAGGCAAAAGCAGCUCAAAAUACUACCAACCGUAGCCACCUAACAAUUCCUCACAUGUUGGGAAUCUCAACUUGGUCGGCCCUGUCACAAGAGUCUGAAUUAUUUCAAGUUGGUCAUACCACAUCAGAUGGGUCUUUUGUGAAUGAUGAGGCAAGGCAAAAUCAUGAAGAUCUAGUUGUUCGAUCUUAG